GCUAGUGAAGUGGAGAGCUGGGCACGGAUUUUCACCAAAACCCACUAAAUCAUUAUUUACAGGCUGUCGCCCAAUCACCUUCCAAAAUUACACUUUCCUUACCCACAUUAUCACCGGCAACCGGCUACACCGGGCCACCCGGCCCACCCCCACUAUACUCUCCAGAUAUAAGUAGCAGAGUACGCUGCGAGGCGGAAAAUCAGUAUUUGCAGAGAGAUACUGCUCCACCUCCGCUCUUGGCCGCUAGCGUUUCGCUUCAUCACGAGCAGAAGACGGUAACAACAUGCCGAUCAGAAACAUCACCGUCGGCUGGCCCGGGGAGACCAGGCAUCCGGAUGCUCUGAAGGCAGCCUUGGCUGAGUUCAUAUCCACCUUGAUCUUCGUUUUCGCCGGAGAAGGUUCCGGCAUGGCCUUUAACAAGCUCACGGACAACGGCUCCACCACUCCGUCCGGCCUUGUCGCAGCCGCGCUGGCUCACGGUUUCGGUCUUUUCGUGGCCGUCUCCAUUAGCUACAACAUCUCUGGCGGCCACGUCAACCCGGCCGUCACCUUUGGAGCCUUCCUCGGCGGAAACAUCACUCUCUUCCGUGGCAUCCUCUACUGGAUCGCCCAGCUUCUAGGUUCAACCGUCGCUUGCUUGCUCCUCAAGCUUGGCACCAACGGCAUGACUACGUCGGCUUUUUCACUGUCAUCCGGCGUUGGCGUAUGGAACGCGUUCGUUCUAGAGAUCGUGAUGACCUUCGGGUUGGUCUACACCGUCUACGCCACCGCAAUCGAUCCCAAGAGGGGAAAUAUAGACAUUAUUGCACCAAUCGCAAUCGGUUUCAUCGUGGGUGCCAACAUUCUGGCCGGCGGUGCGUUCGACGGAGCAUCCAUGAAUCCGGCCGUGUCAUUCGGACCCGCCUUGGUGAGCUGGAACUGGGAAAACCACUGGGUGUACUGGGCCGGGCCUCUCGUCGGAGGUGGUAUCGCUGGGUUGGUCUACGACCUCUUCUUCAUCACCCACGCCGGCUACGAGCAGCACCCCACCGCUGAUAAUUGCUGAGCAGAUUUUUUCCGGUGUAUGAUAAGAGCUUUGGCUGUUAUCUCUGUGUUGAAUUAGUGAUCGUUGUUCUUUUUCUUUGAUCAUCCUGGAUGUUGUUUUUGGGUGUGAUCAACUGGGACCAGGGAAAUUAUUGUGUUUGUUUUGCCCGUUUGCAACUUCCUUUUCAUGCAGCUUUUAUUGCAUUUUAACUUUUAUGGGAUUUCUUUUUCUUGCAUUUAUAAACUUCAAAGUGGCAAUUUCAGGGAAAAUGAAAAUUGUGCCAUCUU